CAUGCGCACGCGCGCACCGACGGACAUGUUGAUUUCGGUAGCAGCGCAGGCGUCGUGUAGUGUCUCGGUGCGCGUCUCCGCCCGCGGUGUUUUCACCGCCAGCCCCGGGGUUUGAGCGACGUGAGCGGCGGAGGAAGAGAACCGGACAACGAGACAGCCAUGAACACGGGUUUGGACCUGUCGCGCCGGAACCCGCAGGAGGAUUUCGAGCUGAUCCAGAGGAUCGGUAGCGGAACCUAUGGCGAUGUGUAUAAGGCGCGAAAUGUCAACACGGGAGAGCUGGCAGCCAUCAAAGUCAUUAAACUGGAACCAGGUGAGGACUUUGCAGUGGUGCAGCAGGAGAUUGUCAUGAUGAAGGAUUGUAAACACUCCAACAUCGUGGCAUACUUCGGUAGUUAUCUCAGGAGAGAUAAGUUAUGGAUCUGUAUGGAAUACUGCGGCGGAGGCUCACUACAGGAUAUUUACCACGUGACCGGACCUCUACUGGAGUCGCAGAUUGCAUACGUAUCACGGGAGACCCUUCAGGGCCUGUACUACCUCCACAACAAAGGCAAGAUGCACAGAGACAUUAAGGGAGCAAAUAUCUUACUAACAGACAAUGGCUAUGUGAAGCUGGCGGAUUUCGGCGUCUCGGCUCAGAUCUCAGCCACUCUGGCCAAGAGGAAGUCAUUCAUUGGAACGCCAUAUUGGAUGGCUCCGGAGGUGGCUGCAGUAGAGCGUAAAGGAGGUUAUAAUCAGCUGUGUGAUAUCUGGGCUGUUGGCAUCACUGCUAUAGAGCUGGCUGAGCUCCAACCUCCCAUGUUUGACCUGCACCCAAUGAGAGCUCUUUUCCUCAUGACCAAGAGCAACUUCCAGCCCCCUAAACUGAAAGAUAAACUCAAAUGGACGAAUAACUUUCAUCACUUUGUGAAAAUGGCGCUGAUUAAAAACACGAAGAAAAGACCGAUGGCAGAUAAACUGCUGCAGCACCCGUUCGUGUCGCAGCCGCUGAGCCGUACCCUCGCCAUCGAGCUGCUGGAUAAAUUCAGCAACCCUGACCGCGCCGACAUGGAGGACAGCCACGACGGCGAGGACGAGGAAGCUGACCCCGAGUCUCCGGUGCACGUUCCUCAGCGGAUCACGUCAGCAAGCCGAAGUUCACGGGAUAAAAAGACUCUGUCAGAGAUCAACUUUGAUCAGGUCAAGUUUGAUCCUCCGCUGUGGAAAGAGACGGAGCUACAUGAGCCGGAACUGCAGUUGGAGCCACAUAGUUUGCUGGGUGAUCAUAAGAGUCUGUUAAAAUCAGUAGCAGAGGAACUCAAUCAGAGGGGUCAUGUGACACAUUUAGAGGAGGAUGAGGAGGAUGGUGAUGAUGAAGCUGGACAUUCAAACUCCAGUUCAACAAUGAGGCCUAAAGUUCCUCCCCCCUUACCCCCUAAGCCGAAGUCUCUCGGUCCUCCUCAGAAUGACCCCGACGGAGAGGACAGCGCCGGACAGGGGACCAUCAAACGUUGCCCUGUCUCCUCAAGCCCCACCCCUCCUCCUCGCCCCACCUCCUGUGUGCCCCCCAGGCCACCGCCCCCUCGCCUGCCCCCCCAGAGACGCAGCAGCUUAGGUAAAGAGCCUCCCGAGCACGCUCAGACAGAGACCGAAGGGGAUGAUGGGAGUUUUAGGUUCUGGGAGUGGCUUCACGCCGAGGAGCAGAAGGAAGACAGCAACGGAUUGAGCGCCUCAUCACAGAAUGGAGAGAGGGAAAGACAGUCGACUCUCCCCACUAUUCCCAGUCGCAGGAGUAAAGACAUUCCCAAGCCGAUGUGUAACGGUCUUCCUCCCACGCCUAAAGUGCACAUGGGGGCGUGUUUCUCAAAAGUGUUCAACGGAUGUCCGCUGAAGGUCCACUGCGCUUCGUCCUGGGUCAACCCCGACACCCGAGAUCAGUAUUUGCUUUUUGGAGCCGAGGAAGGAAUCUACAGCCUUAAUCUGAACGAGCUUCAUGAGACCUCCAUGGAGCAGAUAUUCCCUCGGAGGUGCACGUGGCUGUACGUAAUGAACAACUGGCUCUUCUCCAUAUCCGGUAAAGCGUCCCAGCUGUACUCUCAUAACCUGUGUGGUCUCUUCGAGCACGCUCGACAGAUGCAGAAGUUACCAGUGGCCAUACCGACGUACAAACUGCCCGAUAAAAUCAUCCCUCGGAAGUUCACAGUGUCCAAUAAGAUCCCAGACACAAAGGGGUGCCAGAAGUGUUGUGUAGUUCGCAAUCCAUACACAGGGAUGAAGUAUCUGUGUGGUGCGUUCCAGUCCAGUGUAGUUUUGUUUGAAUGGGUGGAGUCCAUGCAGCGAUUCAUGCUCAUUAAGAAUAUAGACUUCACCCUCCCUUGUCCAUUGGAAGUGUUCGAGAUGCUGGUGGUCCCGGAGCAUCACUACCCGCUGAUCUGUGUGUCUGUUGUUAAAGGCAGUCAGCCUGAUCAGGUCGUGACCUUCGGCACCGUUGACCCCAACGAUAUAGCACCGAUCUUCACCGAGCCUGAUACGCCACAGACAUGCGUGAUUCACGUCACACAGCUGGAAAGGGACACCAUACUGGUGUGUUUGGACCGUUGUAUAAAGAUGGUGAACUUACAAGGCCGAUUAAAAUCCAGCAAGAAGCUCUCAGCCGAGCUCACCUUCAACUUCCAGAUUGAAGCAAUAGUGUGUUUGCAGGACAGCGUACUGGCCUUCUGGAGACACGGCAUGCAGGGACGCAGCUUCAGAACCAACGAGAUCACACAGGAGAUCUCCGACAGCUCACGCAUCUUCAGACUGCUGGGCUCAGACAGGACGGUGGUUUUAGAGAGUCGACCGACAGAUAACCCGACAGCGCAGAGUAACCUGUACAUACUUGCGGGCCAUGAGAACAGCUACUGAAAACACACACACACACACACACACACACUAAACAGCAUUCCUCCGCUACGCUACAUAACACACUACACCCCCGCCACAGCUAUAAGCUACAUGUGCGCACACACACACACAUUCCUGUAAACAAUACGCCAGCAGCUACCCUCCUUACACUACUGUCUGCUAUGACACAGCCAUAAUCACACACACUACACACUCUUUACACACACACACCACAGCUCGUAUCCCACCCUGACCCGCCUCGCUGACUUGUCCGGUUUAAAUUAUUUAUUGUGGCAUGUUACAACGAGGCGUCUUGUUUUGUUUGUUUUUGUUUUUCCUUCCCUUUUUAAAAAAAAAAAUUCCAGAUUUUUAGUUCCCAUCAUCCCUGCCUGCAGCCUUCCCUCGUUCCCGGUCCGGCUCCCGAAUUAGAGCCGAUACACCUUUACAGCGCUGGUAACAUCAUAUCACUUACGGCUAGCCAUGUAACGACUUCGUAACACACGGAUUAGCAACAAAUUAGGUUUAAAGAGCGAGGCACUUUGGGUAAAAAGUCAGUAUCUUCAACAUAAUGUGAGAGAUAUUUUAUUUAUUUAUAUUUUUUCCGGAACGUUCUUGUAGAAAUGCUGCUUUAUAAGAGUUCAGGAACCUAGAGCGCUUAUGAUUGUAUCCCAGAUCCAAACCUGGUCUCUAAAACCAUCUAGACACACUACUUUUAUUCUCUUAGCAUUUUUAACCUUAUACUAUAAGCCGCUAUCGCUUUAACUGUAAAGAAUCUUGAAAUAAAUUCAGCCUGCUCUUAUGUAGCUGCUUUCAUGCUAAUUGAAUAUUUUUUUUAUUUAGCCACUACACGUUACACGUAAUGGGAAUGAUUCGGCUUGCAAACCGAGUCGUGAUGCUAGUGAGUGAGAUUUUUUACAACACACACCGAAUCCAGACAUGAUUCCAGAGUAAUUCGGUGUGUGUGUGUGUGUGUGUGUGUGUGUGUGUGAGCGUAGCAUCUCGGUCUGAACACUACAACAAAUUUCAGUUCACUCGCUCACGAUGCUGAUGCACUAAAGUCCACGAACUGAACCAAAACUUCUGCUAACUUUAGCUGAAAUCUACAGUAUUGUUAUAAAAAUGAUGUUCUAAGAAGAAAGACAGGAAGAAUUUGUUUCAAAGGUGACGAGGACAAGAAGACGAAGGAUAAUUAAGCUGUUUUCACUGAUUAAUCAGUGGUGGAAUUUUCGAUCGUCUGCUAAAGCUCAGAUGAGGUUCCAGUUCUAGACAGCACUUCUUUCCUUCCUUCUUUCCUCCAUCCCUUCCUCUCUCACCUUCCUUCCUUCCUUCCUUCCUUCUUCUCUAUCUCUCUACUUUCGUCCCUCCCACUCUCUCAAUUCCUUCCUUCCUUCCUUCCUCUCUCUCUCUCCCUCCCUCCCUCCCUCUCCCUCUUUCCCUCCCUCUCCCUCUUUCCCUCUCUCUCUCUCUGUAUCACCCCUCUCCCUCCCUCUCUCUCUUUAUCACCACUCUCUCUCUCUCUCUCUUUCUAUCUGUAUCACCCCCCUCUCUCUCUCUCUCUGUCUCUCUCUCUCUCUCUCUCUCUCUCUCUCUCUAUUUCUUCCUUUCCAAUGUGAAGACGGAUUGCUUUAAAAUAUUCUCUCACGGAGACCGAGGUGAGUUUUCCCACACUGCGUGUUAUUCUGUAAACAUAUUCCCCGUGUGUUAUGAAGUCGUUCCACAGCUAGCCUGCGCAAACCAAGUAACCAAACGAAACUGUUACCGAAAACGCCGACUUUUCAAACCGAAAAGAGUAGAGUUGUAACUUCUGUGUAGGUAUUUGUCACCGUAACCUAUUCUAGUAGUAAUAAUAAUAAAUAAUAACUAAAAAAAAAACAACACUAAUAUGCUUGUGAAUUUAUGCAUCGCAGUAUCAGAACACAUACUUGCAUAGAAGUUACAGUAAAGCUAACGGACUCGUGUACAUACUUUGGUUAUUCGGAUCAAAGGAAGAAGGUUUCAUCCGAAGGCGCUCGGCAUUCCCGUGCCGGUUUUCACUAAAAUCUGAAUGAGCCGUAAACACGCAGAAAGGAAUUGAUGCUUCAUUUGGAAAUGGUUUUCAAACGCACUACUUCUUUUAAAUAUAUAUAUAUAUCUCAUGAAACAUGUAUUCAUUUUUAUCCUAAUAUUGUGCUAAUAUCGUAAAAUAAUAAUAAUGAUGAUAUAAAGAUUCGGCUUCAGCGCUUCUUUACCCAAGACGGAAUUCGGUCACUAAUCUUCAGGUAUUAAAGGGUUAACUCGAUCAACACUACAGUCUUCAGGUGGUCAUUAGCCGUGUUUACGGUCAGUUAGUCCUUUGUUCCUUGUGUAAUUUUUUAUUUUUUAUUUAAAAAGUCCAGCAGUGAAGCGAGAGAGGGAUAGAUGUUCUGUACUUCUUAAUACUUUCGACAGUUCUUUCCUAUAUAUAUUUAUCUAUUUUUAGCUCGGAUUAAAAACUGAAAAUAAAUUUGUUUUUAUUUUAUUUUAUUUUUUUGAUGUAUUUUUAAUAUUUGUUUAAGCAUUACUGUUAGGCUUCUCGCUGUCUAUUCAAACGAAUUCCAGCACAUUCCACCUCCAAAUUUUCUCCCAGGUUUUGUUACUUAGACGUCUAGAGUUCAGGACCAAGAGCAGGUUCACUCGCUUUCUUAAUACAGGAUAUGUUAUGCAAAGAAGUCUUCUUGCUGUAUUUUUAGCUACACGGGUUUUGUUCAUCUUGCUCAACUCGCAGUUUGGAUCCCAGCCACGUUGUUUAUACGUGUAGAAUUCUCACAUAGGACGGAGGGUUUGGUCCGAGAUUACGACUGGCCCAUGGGUUUUAAACAGUAGGAGUUUGAAGUAUUUGAUUUAAUACAUAACGUUUACGUGCCAAUAAUCAGUCGUAUAACUUGAAGUGACGUCGUAUUAUUUGUGUCUUAUUUGGGAGGAGCAUGUCUAGCCAAUCUUUUUUAUUGUCUGAGAGAAAACAUCCGGGACAAUUCGCCAUCGCACGUGUCCUCCAAAAUUCAGUGACCGAGAUUUCAGUGAGAACUGGAACAUCACAGUGUACUGAAAAAGUCUUUAAAUAUUAAACAGAUGUGGAUUUUCACAGUCGAACAUGUCAGCUUUAUGUGAUUUCAGGAUAGUUCAAUACAUUUUAAGGUCCUGUGUUGUAUUACGAGUGCCAGACUUUCCAGAGAUCGCCAAAUUCUCCACUUUUUUGUUUCCAGCUUGCUAACAUGGUCGCUGCAUCGCUGUUACAGCUAGAGAUCUUUUCUUUUCUGAGAUUGGAACUGAUCCUGAUGCUUUAAUUAUUUUUACAAAUACACUGAUCAGGUAUAACAUGACCACCUGCCUAAUAUUGUCCCCAUUUUGCUGCUAAAACAGCCCUGACCCGUCCUGCACUGUGUAUUCUGACCCCUUUCUAUCAGAACCAGCAUUAACUUCUUCAGCAGUUUGAGCAACAGUAGCUCCCCACAUGCGUCAAUGAGUCUUGACCGCCCAUGACCCUGUCACCGGUUCACCACUGUUCCUUCUUUGGACCACUUUUGAUAGAUACUGACCACUGCAGACCGGGAACACCCCACAAGAGCUGCAGUUUUGGAGAUGCCCUGAUCCAGUGGUCUAGCCAUCACAAUUUGGUCCUUCAUCAAACUUGCUCAAAUCCUUACACUUGUCUAUUUUUCCUGCUUCUAACAUCAACUUUGAGGACAUAAUGUUGACUUGCUGCUUAAUAUAUCCCACCCACUAACAGGUGCCAUGAUGAGGAGAUCAUCAGUCUUAUUCACUUCACCUAUCACUGCUCACAAUGUUAUGCCUGAUCGGUGUAUAAUAGUCAAAGUUUGACGUCUAAUAAAAAUUACUCUUACCGAAGAAAAAAGCGGUUCAAUUCUCAUUAUAUGUAAACAUUUCUAGUUCCAAAAAGUACAUUUCUUUCCAAAUCCGUUUUUUUUUAUCUUUGGUGAUUAGACAGAAUUCCGUUUCCGAUCUCCAUCUUUUUUGUCGGAUCAGUACCAUCUCUGGUUACAGCUAUUGAAUUGAACAUGUAUAACCCGUCUCUUUUUUUGCCUCACAAAAGCUAAUCAGAUAACAAUAAGAUAAAACUCAUGCCCAUUUUAUACGUAAAUUAAUACGCGAACACGAAAAGUGGACUCGAGACGUAAUUUCAGAAUGAUGAUCUUGAACGAGCUCUGUUAUUUACACACACUUCAUUGUUCAGAUUCAUCCCAUGAUCUCGUUGCUUUAACCUCUGUCCAGCGUGUGUUACUGAUAAAGCUGGACAUGUUCACUGCAUGCUGCAGCACAUGACCUGUAAAUAGCGUACUGGCUUUACACACCUGUAUGAUUGUCGAUUUUUUUGCCGAUCAGUGAGUUUGAGCUCAUGGGGAUUUGUCCCUCUGUGUGUUUUGCUGUUUUAUAUAUUGAAUAAUUAUCACAAAUUGCCAAAUCAAUCAAAUUCCCAUUCUUUAAAAACCCGUGGGCCGAAUUGUACGGAAAAACAAAUCAAAAUUCACUACAGAAAAAACAAAAGCCGUGUGUGUUUGUUGUAUGAUGAAGCGGGACGUCCUUUGUGUGUGUGUGUGUGUGUGUGUGGUCGCUCCGGACUGAAAGCCAUGCCUCGUUUUAACUUUUAAUUAAUCACUGUAUUGAAAAUUUGCACAGUUUUAUACGGACUAUAAUGUGACUUUCGCUGUUCAGUUAGGCUUUUGCUGCUUAGGUGUUCAGAAACGUGUGUGUGUGUGUGUGUGUGUGUGUGUGUGUGUGGAGGGGAGGAGAGAUAAAUAAAUAAAUAAUCCAUGUGCCGCUUUACACUACGGACACGCACGUUUCUACGCGCGCUGUGACGUGGAUAGUUAAUAGACCUAACAAACGAUAGAGGUUAGCGAGGAGUUUUAGGAUUUUUUUGGAGGUAGAACGCACGCAGUGUGGUGGAGAUGGAGGUG